AUGAUGUAAUAGAUUAAAUAUUAUAAAAAAUUUGAAGAAAUUUUAAACUCUUCACUUUAAUCUUAUUAGGCUCUCCAUAUUGAUCUUAGUUACAGUUAAGUUGGUGAUUAAGGUACUUCAUACUUAGAAACUGCUUUAGCAAAUUGCUCUAAUCUCUCAAAUUUAACACUUAAUCUUCGUUACAAUGAUAUUAGUGCAAGUGGUGUGUCAGGCUUAGGCUCUGCUUUAGCAAAUUGUAUUAAUCUCUCAAAUUUGACACUUGAUCUUGGUUACAAUUAAAUUGGUGCAAGUGGUGCAUCAGGCUUAGGCUCUGCUUUAGCAAAUUGUAUUAAUCUCUCAAAUUUGACACUUUAUCUUCGUAAAAAUUAAAUUGGUGCAAGUGGUGCAUCAGGCUUAGGUUAUGCUUUAGCAAAUUGCAUUAAUCUCUCAAAUUUGAAACUUUAUCUAAGUACUAACUAAAUUGGUAAUUAAGGUACUUCAGCCUUAUGUUCUGCUUUAAUUAAUUGCACUAAUCUUUCAAAUUUGAUACUUGACCUUCGUUACAAUUAAAUUGGUGCAAGUGGGGCAUCAUGCUUAGGUUGUGCUUUAAUAAAUUGCAUUAAUCUCUCAAAUUUGACACUUGAUCUUGGUGGAAAUUAAAUUGGUGACUAAGGUACUUCAGGCUUAGGUUCUUCUUUAGCAAAUUGCACUAAUCUCUCAAAUUUGACACUUGACCUUGGUUACAAUUAAAUUGGUAAUUAAGGUACUUAAAGCUUAGGAAAUGCUUUAGCAAAGUGCACUAAACUAUCAAAUUUGACACUUAAUCUUGGUGACAAUGAAAUUGGUGAUGAAGGUGCAUCAGGCUUAGGUUCUGCUUUAGCAAAUUGCAUUAAUCUCUCAAAUUUGAAACUUUUUCUUGGUCGGAAUAAAAUUUGUGCAAAGGGAGCAUCAGGCUUAGGUUCUGCUUUAGCAAAUUGCAUUAAUCUCUCAAAUUUGACACUUAACCUUUCUGACAAUUAAAUUGGUGCAAUGGGUGCAUCAGGCUUAGGUUCUGCUUUAGCAAAUUGCAUUAAUCUCUCAAAUUUGAAACUUGACCUUCAUGGCAAUUAAAUUGGUGAUGAAGGUACAUCAGGCUUAGGUUCUGCUUUAGCAAAUUGCAUUAAUCUCUCAAAUUUGACACUUAACCUUUCUGGCAAUGAAAUUGGUGAUGAAGGUGCAUCAGUCUUAGGUUCUGGUUUAGCUAAUUGCAUUAAUCUCUCAAAUUUGAAACUUUUUCUUGGUAGGAAUAAAAUUGGUGAUGGAGGUGCAUCAGGCUUAGGUUCUGCUUUAGCAAAUUGCAUUAAUCUCUCAAAUUUGACACUUAACCUUUAUUACAAUUAAAUUGGUGAUGAAGGUGCAUCAGGCUUAGGUUCUGGUUUAGCAAAUUGCAUUAAUCUCUCAAAUUUGACACUUGACCUUUCUGGCAAUUAAAUUGGUGAUGAAGGUACAUCAGGCUUAGGUUCUGCUUUAGCAAAUUGCAUUAAUCUCUCAAAUUUGACACUUGAUCUUGGUGACAAUUAAAUUGGUGAUGAAGGUGCAUCAGGCUUAGGUUCUGCUUUAGCAAAUUGCAUUAAUCUCUCAAAUUUGACACUUGACCUUCAUUACAAUUAAAUUGGUGAUGAAGGUGCAUAAGGCUUAGGUUCUGGUUUAGCAAAUUGCAUUAAUCUCUCAAAUAUGACACUUUAUAUUGAUAACAGUGAAAUUGGUGAUGAAGGCGCAUCAAACUUAGGUUCUGCUUUAGCAAAUUGCAAUAAUCUCUCAAAUUUGACACUUUUACUAGGGUCAAUGAAUGAAUCUUAAAAAUUCAAAGUAAUAAGCAAGUGUCUUAAAUCAAAAAGAUUAGUUGUCUUUUAAAAAGAUUGGUGA